UUAAACAUACAAGAAGAAUCAUUAGGGAAGCAGCAGUGUGCAUUUUGCCGUUUCCAGUACCUCAUUGAAAACAAACACAGAAAGGUUUAGACUUUAAAAAGCUUCUUAAUUUAAACAGUGUAUUUUACUGUGAAACAACGAUGCCAGCGGCAGAGGAAUCACACGGCAUCAGCAGAGCUGUAGACAAAAUCUGCAGCUUGCCUCCAUAUGUGUUAACUGAAACAUCUCAGCACAUUCUGACAUAUCUUCAAGGCCAAACUAGUGGAGUAGAUUCAGCUGAAAUUGAUCUUAGCCUUCAGAGGGCCGGGGUAACAAUUGAUCAUGAAGCUGUCCAGGGUAUUACCAGAUUUCUUCUGUUGACAUUCAGGUCAGCUGGAAAGAACAACUUCUCUGCAGACGAACUUGUGUCCAAACUGGAAGAAGGCAGCAGCAAAUGGUCCAAAGCUUCUCUUCAGAUCUUGCACACGUUGUGGAGUGAACAUGGUGCCUCGGUCCGUGCUCAGCAGGAAGUACAGUCCAUGCUGAGCAUCGGUCAGCUUGUGGACAUGCAGUGGAAGCUGGGGAUGGCGGUGAGUUCAGACACAUGCCGGUCUCUAAACUCCCCAUACGUGUCUCUGCUGCUGAAGAUCGUCGAGCCCUCUGGACAGAUCUGCCAGAGGGCUUUCGAGAUGACCAUUCCACAGUUCCAGAAUUUUCACAAGCAGUUCAAGGAGAUGGCAGCGAUUAUGGAGACUGUAUGAUGGCGAGAAAGCCAAAGUGUGCAGUUAGUACCAGUUUAUAUAAAAGUGAAAGAAGGAACAGCUUGACAUCUUUGUUUUGUUUCUUUUCUUUUUCUUGCCAGGUGUCUUAAAAUGUCGACAUGACUUGCUGUAAAUGUCAGCUCUCAGCUUGUCUCUUUCUGCAGGUUGUAUAAGCUCUUGCGUGAUGCAUUUGAAGCCCUUUAAGAUAAGAACAGCUGAAAAAGGCAGUUUUUAGGGUUAUGUAAUUUAUCCUAUUGCUUCUUCUGCAAAACACUGAGUGGUUUGCUUAGUUUUGCAACAUCUGUUAUGUGUCCAUAAUGUGACUGGUUUAUGACUAAUAUAUUUUUAUUUGUGCACUCUGGCCAUAAAUAUCAAUUUUUGUAUUUCUAUUAAAGUUAAAUGACUGUUACGUCAUUUUAUGUAUGCUUUUUCUGUCAGUUUUGAUGCCUUCAUUGAAAUUCUCUGUGUAACCCAUUAUGCACUUUACAAAUAAUAAAGUGGUUGUUCCAUUUA